AAAGCUGAUCAUCUUUUGAGCUCAGCCCUUGGGCUGCAGAGUGGCAGGGAGCUUCUGAGGAUCUUCCCUCUAUCCAGGAUUAGAACAUCUGUGAUUCAGUGUGUUCUCCACCACUUUCUCACUGAGGCCCGCUGUCUUCCUCCCAGUAUAGUGAUCAGACCCACCCAGCUCUCAGCGAGGCCCCACCGAGGGCCGAGGGCUGGCUGGAUGAGACCCUGAAGGCCAACACGUGCUCCUGCAGUCUCUCCCUUCCUUUCUUGGUGAAGGUUCGGGCAGGACUCCACUUCUGACUGGCACUGCUCCCAGCCUGCCUCAGUUGCCUGGCAACGGCUCCGCGUCUCCUGCUGAGGGCACACGAUGGCGGGUGGUAGCAAUCCAGCAGCCAAGAGGGUGGUGAUAUACCGGAACGGGGACCCCUUCUCCCCAGGUCGCCAGCUGGUGGUGAGCCAACGCCGCUUCCCCACCCUGGAGACCUUCCUUUGCGAGGUGACCUCGACUGUGCAGGCCCCGGUGGCUGUGCGGGCCCUCUAUACGCCUCAGGGUGGCCACCCUGUCACAGACCUGGCCGACCUGCAGAACGGAGGGCAGUAUGUGGCUGCCGGCUUCGAAAGAUUCCGCAAGCUAAGCUAUUUACCCCCCGGACAGAAGGAUCCAGGUGGGAAGAGCAGCAGACUACCAGGUCCUCCUGUGACUCACUACCCAGGGGACGGGACCCUUGGACCGCGACCACUUGCACGUUCCCCCUGCUAUAUUCGUGUGUUCAGGAACGGGGACCUGGUAAGUCCCCCAUUUAGCCUGAAGUUGCCCCAGGCUGCUGGCGAGGACUGGGAAGCCGUGUUGAAGCUCCUGACUGAGAAGGCCAAGCUUCGGGCCGGGGCUGUGUGCAAACUCUGCACCCUGGAGGGGCUCCCACUGUCAGCAAGAGACGCUCUGAUGCAUGGCCAUUAUUAUGUGGCGGUCGGAGAGGAGGAGUUCAAGGCCCUCCCCUAUCUGGAGCUGCUGGUGCCCAGCCCCUCUCUGCCCAGAGGCUGCUGGUAUGGACGUGUGAGGUGGCCGGGUGGCGGGGGGCAGCAGGGUAAAACAGAGGAAGCCACCCGGAUCCCAUGCCUGCUCUGCUUACCACAAGCCCUUUUUCUUCAUUGCAGGCAACCCCCAGACCCAAAGUCUAAGCCCCACAAGCCACAGGCCCAGGGCCAUAGGGCGCAGGUGCCCCAGCCCUCUCCAAAGGAGCCAAGCCCCACUGAGCCAUCUGCCUUCUAUGCCAGACCCCAGCAGGCCAUUCAGCCAAGCAGCAGGCUCCCCACGCUCUUGUUUCCAUCAGGAGUCAAGGGAGUGUAUGAGGCUCCCCACCCGAGGAAGGAGACCGCAGGGGCCCAGAAAGUGGCAGAUGAUGAAGACACCUGCACGGAGGAACCCUUGGAUCAGAGGACAGCACAGAUGGUGGACGAGGCCCUGGGCCUGGAAAAGCAGCCUGGGACUGGGACAGCAGUCUCAGCCUCAACCCUGUCUCUGCCAUCCUGGGAGUCAGCAGCUCCGGCCAGGAACUGGGGCGGCCACUCUGCAGCCUGUUCCAGGGGACCCAGCACCACCCCUGGGCUCACAGGAUACCCAGCAGCCCCCUCGGCCCCGCCCCACUCUUCUGCUCCUAAACCUACAGCCCGGUCUUCUCUUCCUUCUGAGCUGGGCAGCCCUAGCCGUGGAGGCCUUGUUCCCAUGGGGUUCUCCAGCCAGAGACAGGAGGAGUGCGCUGAGCUUGGGGGAGAGACUACAACCAUGGGAGCAGGCGUGCUGCGAUAG